GUGAGAGACCAUGGCGACGCGUGUGACCAGACGGCGUUUAAACCCGUCCUCCAAAAUCUCAUUCUUCUUCUUCUUCUCCGCCGCCGUCAUUAUAGUAUCUCUACUCGAUCUCGUCUUGUCGAAGCACAAGAGAUUGAAUAACACAUGGAAGAAACAAAGAGAAGUUCUUUGGGUGCGCGAAAGAAACUCAAGAGGAAGAAGAAGAACAGUAGACUUAUGAGAAGUAUUGUCACCUACCUCAAAUCUGAUGCAUACUUGUUCGCUCCUCUGUUUUCCAACUUUCCACCGCUCACGACGGAGAUAAAUACGCCUCCGCCGUCGAAUUCCAAACCAUCGACUUUGGACGACAUCUCCAUGGCAGGGUUUGAGUCAUUGGGGAUUGAGAGGGUUAUUAAGAAGAAGAGAAGAAUGUCUGAGAAACUUGAGGAAUAUCUAAAAUCUGAUUGUUUUAUGUACGCACCGAUGAUCUCUUCGCCUCCAAAGCUUGGUUCUUCGGUUAAAGAUUCUGCAUUUGGGACUAAGAUAGUUUUUGAAGCAGAGAAAAUGCAGAUUACGAAUUUGGUUACGAUGGAAGUAUCAACGACGAGUACUACAACCAUGAAGGAAGAUAACAACGACUGUAGGAAUCUCCGGUCAGAUAUUGUAGAACAGACAUUGCAUAGCGGAAGAAUCAACUCUCCAAAACGAGCACAGGUUACCUUAGAAGGACAACGAACUGGACUAAGCCGUGAAACCGAUCUUUCACCAGCCUUUUCCUCUCUACUAGGGGUUGCAAAACAAACCCUCGAUCUUGAAUCCUAUCAGAUGUCUAGCUGCAAAUUUCAUGGAAGUGACGUAGCGGGAGCUUCUAGUGAUAUAGAUGCUAGGGGAAAAGAUGGUGAAGCCAGAUCAAAGAAGAGUUGCAAUUGAGUGAAGAUAGUAAUGUAGACAUAGUAGACACAAUGUAAUCAUUGUAAAAUACAAAUUAAUUAGAUUACAAUAAUUAUAGUAGCUAGCUCUGAAAGAAGAAGUUUUCUUGUUGAUAAGCUUGAAGGAAGUGAUGUAUGAAUGAGGAUGACAAAGAUGUGUGUCUGUCUAAACAAUUGCCAUGUUAGCUGUCUGUUUGAUGAGUUGUUGUAUGUCAAAUAAACUGUUACAAUUCAG